UUUGAUUGUAGACCGGGAAGAGGUGCCGGCGCCGGCCAAGAUUUUCGACAUUACUUAUCUCCAGGGCACUGGAGCCUCCUUCGAAGUUUCCUGUCACAAGUGUCCUCUGGACAGCAUGGAUGGGGAGGAAGAUGAUCUGUCUCUGCUGACCACACUGCUGGAGGAGAACGAAUCCGCCUUGGAUUCUAACUCAGAAGAGAUUAAUUCCUUGAGCCAGGAAGAUGCAGAACCUGACGCCUUUGAUGAGCUCUUUGAUGCUGAUGGCGAUGGCGAAUCCUACACAGAAGAGGCUGAUGACGGAAAAGUGGGGAAGACUGAGGACCAGGAUGACCAGAAGGAAAAUCUGGCCACUCUCUUUGGAGAUACCGGAGACUUAACAGAUGAAGAAACCCCUGCAUUGCCACUUGCUCCUGCCCCCCAAAAAGAGAAAACGAAUCAGGAGUUGCAAGAUGAAUUAAGGAAGUUGCAAGAGCAAAUGAAGUCCUUGCAAGAACAGCUCAAAGUAGCAACAAUUAAACAGGCUGCAAGUCCAGCCCUUCCGUGUAACUCCCAUGUAGAUAAGUCUCCACGGCCUCCCCUUAAGGAGAAGAAAGUUCAAAGAAUUCAGGAAUCAACAUGCUUUUCUGCAGAGCUUGAUGUCCCUGUUCAACCAAGAAUCAAGCGGGUGGCUCGGAUGCCAAAAGCUUCAGCUACAGACCUCAAAAGCUCAUCUUCAAGGAUGACAAGUGCCCCCUCCCAACCACUGCAAACUAUUCCUGGGAACAAACCUAGUGGAGUGACUCGAGAUAAGAGUGCAGGAACCCCGGGGAGUUCUGGAGAGACGGCUCAGACGGUCUCUGUGGAAGCCUUCUCUGGCCUGCGGCUCAGGCGGCCUCGAGUAUCCUCUACAGAAAUGAACAAGAAAAUGACUGGCCGAAAACUGAUCCGACUGUCUCAGAUCAAGGAAAAGAUGGCACAUGAGAAGCUAGAAGAAAUCGACUGGGUGACAUUUGGGGUUAUAUUGAAGAAAGUGACUCCACAGAGUAUGAACAGUGGGAAAACAUUCAGCAUCUGGCGACUAAAUGAUCUUCGUGACCUGACCCAGCAUGUAUCCUUGUUCUUGUUUGGAGAAGUUCACAAAGAUCUCUGGAAGACAGAACAAGGCACCGUCAUCGGGUUGCUCAACGCUAACCCCAUGAAACCCAAGGAUGGCUCAGAGGAGGUGUGCUUAUCUAUUGAUCAUCCCCAGAAGGUCUUAAUUAUGGGUGAAGCUUUUGACCUGGGAACCUGCAAAGCUAAGAAGAAGAAUGGAGAACCGUGUACACAGAUUGUUAAUUUGCGCGACUGCGAGUACUGUCAGUAUCACGUCCAGGCCCAGUACAGGAAGCUCAGCGCCAGGCGAGCCGACCUGCAGUCCACCUUCUCCGGAGGACGAAUUCCAAAGAAGUUCGCCCGCAAAGGCGUCAGCUUAAAAGAACGGCUGUGUCAGGACGGUUUUUACUACGGAGGAGUUUCUUCUUCAUCGUAUGCAGCCUCGAUUGCAGCGGCUGCUGCUCCUAAGAAGAAGAUUCAAACCACACUGACCAACCUGGUUAUCAAGGGUGCAGACUUGGUCAUUCAGGAAACAAAACAAAAACUGGGAAUAGCCCAGAAGAGCUUGUCUUGCUCUGAGGAGUUCAGGGAACUGAUGGAGCUGCCAACAUGUGGAGCCAGAAACUUGAAACAACAUUUAGCCAAAGCCACGGCUUCAGGGAUCAGGGGAAGCCCGAAACCUGCUAUCCAGUCUAUCUCGGCGUCAGCCCUCUUGAAGCAGCAGAAGCAGCAUAUGUUGGAGAUGAGGAAAAGGAAAUCGGAAGACGCCCAGAGACGAUUUCUCCAAAGCUCCAGUGACGUUAAGAGCCCGGCUGUGCCAUCCUCAUCUCAGCAUCCCCCUGCUCAAUCUCCCCAGACGGGGGCCGAGUUCCCCAGGCUGGAAGGAAGCCCAGCCACAUGGACGCCCAAGCUUGGGCGAGGCAUCUCAGAAGGAGAUGAUGUUCUCUUUUUCGAUGAGUCACCACCACCAAGACCAAAAUUGAGUGCUUUGGCAGAAGCCAAAAAGUUAGCUGCUAUCACCAAAUUAAGGGCAAAAGGCCAGAUUCUUACAAAAACAAACCCGAACAGUAUUAAAAAGAAGCAAAAGGACUCCCAGGACGUCCUCCAAGUGAAGUUGCGUGUUGAAAACAACACCACGUUUUCUCCCCAAGCUGAGGAUGAACUGGAGCCUGCCAGGAAAAAAAGGAGAGAGCAGCUUGCCUACCUGGAAUCUGAGGAAUUUCAGAAAAUUCUAAAAGCAAAAUCCAAGCACACAAGUGUCCUAAAAGAGGCCGAGGCUGAGCUGCAGGAACGCUAUUUUGAGCCACUGGUGAAAAAAGAGCAAAUGGAAGAAAAGAUGAGAAACAUCAGAGAAGUGAAGUGUCGGGUCGUGACGUGCAAGACGUGCGCCUACACCCAUCUGAAGCCUUUGGAGACCUGUGUCAGUGAGCAGCACAAUUUACACUGGCACGACGGCCUGAAACGGUUCUUCAAAUGUCCCUGCGGGAACAGAAGCAUCUCCCUGGACAGACUCCCCAACAAGCACUGCAGUAACUGUGGCCUCUACAAAUGGGAGCGGGACGGGAUGCUAAAGGAAAAGACUGGUCCAAAGAUAGGAGGAGAAACUUUGUUACCAAGAGGAGAAGAACAUGCCAAAUUUCUGAAUAGCCUUAAAUAACCCUAACAUCAGACAUUUCCCACGAUCUUCUCUUCUCCUGUGGCUCUGGAAGAGACAGGGACUGGCUCUGCAUCACCCAUGUUCCUGACCAACACCAUCAAA